ACGUUCCGCCCCACCCACAUUAACUUCUGAACGGGAAGUCACCUUGUGUAGUAGGGCGACGGUUUCAGUUCUCGGCAGCUUUUUGUCCUUACCAUGGCAUCUUCACCGGACUCUCGGACUCUUAGCAAAGAUGACGUCCAUUACAAGUUUCAUUUCCGGAUGAUAAACGAGCAACAAGUGGAGGACAUCACGAUAGAGUUCUUCUACAAGCCACACACGAUCACGUUACUGACGUUCACCAUAAUCAGUAUUAUGUACUUUGCGUUCACCAGAAAUGAUUCCGAUCCUGACAAUAACCUGCGAGUGGGCCUUGCUCUAGUUGUCUCCUUUUUCCUUGUUAUCAGUGUCCUGGCUUUCCCCAACGGUCCGUUUACCAGGCCGCAUCCAGCAAUAUGGCGCAUGGUUUUCGGUCUCAGUGUUCUCUACUUCCUUUUUUUGGUGUUCCUCAUCUUCCUGAACUGGGACCAGGUGAAGCUCUUGAUGUACUGGCUGGACCCCAACCUGCGUUAUGCGACACGUGAGGCAGAUGUUAUGGAGUAUGCAGUGAAUUGUCACAUGAUCACAUGGGAGCGCAUCUUGAGUCACUUUGACAUUUUUGCCUUUGGCCACUUCUGGGGCUGGGCCAUGAAAGCUCUGCUCAUCCGCAGCUACGGACUCUGCUGGACCAUCAGCAUCACGUGGGAACUCACAGAGUUAUUUUUCAUGCACUUACUGCCCAACUUUGCUGAGUGCUGGUGGGACCAGGUCAUUCUUGACAUCCUGUUGUGUAAUGGAGGAGGUAUCUGGCUCGGCAUGACCGUGUGCCACUUUCUGGAGAUGCGCACUUACCGCUGGGCCAGUAUCAAGGAUAUUCACAGUGCUACAGGGAAGCUGAAACGUGCUGUGCUGCAGUUUACUCCAGCCAGCUGGACCUAUGUGCGCUGGUUUGACCCCAAAUCUUCCUUCCAGAGAGUGGCAGGGAUUUAUCUCUUCAUGAUCAUCUGGCAGCUCACAGAACUGAACACAUUCUUCCUGAAGCACAUCUUCGUGUUCCAGGCAUCUCAUCCCCUGAGCUGGUGUCGAAUCCUCUUCGUUGGGAUCAUCACUGCCCCCACUGUGCGGCAGUACUAUGCUUACCUCACAGACACUCAGUGUAAAAGAGUCGGAACUCAGUGUUGGGUGUUUGGGGCCAUCGCCUUCCUGGAAGCGCUGGCUUGUGUUAAGUUUGGCCAGGACUUGUUCUCCAAAACACAGGUCAUGUAUGUGAUCCUGUGGCUUGUGUGUGUGGCCUUCAUUACCUCUCUCUGCCUAUAUGGGAUGGUGUGGCAUGAGCAGAAAUAUGGUGGGAGGCUGAAGUUGCAGAGCACGUCCGAUUGUGACGAUAGCAGUUUCAUUGACUCCAGUGGUUACACUCCCGACACCAUUAAAGGUGAAAGAGACUCCAGCAACUCCCAGCUGUUACACCAGAGAAAAGGAGGACCGGUGAAGAACAAAGCAACAAACGGAACGAACAACAAACAGUAGCCACGUCGAAGGCGGCGUGUCCGCUCGGCACACGGACCUUACAUGGUAAAGGGUUUACAAAGGACAUGAAUCAAAGAACGAGGAGUGAGGGCAGUUCCACGAUCUACUGCUCGACACAAGUCUUUAUCACCAAGGCACUAGUCGAGGAAAAACAACAGGUGUUUUUGUGUUUUUCAAGUUAAACUCGGUGUAAAAGCCCAUUUGAGAGGACGAAUUGUUUGAGAGUAAAACAAAACAAAAAAAACAACGAUUUCCUGGGUCACUUUUGCAGUAUUUAGAAACAGGAUUGUUCCGUUUCCCUAUUAUUGCGCUGAUUCUGAUUCACUUUCGUUGAUUUCUCUUCAUCACUGUUAAUAAUGGGACAGUUUUGUAGUUUCUUUACAAAUGAGGAAAAUGCAAAUGAAUAUAUUUGGUCAUAUCCACGUAGUCCUCACUCGUAAAUAUGCUGGAACACAUUUCCAACCGAUAUUUUUUUUUAUCUACUUUAAAACAUUAAGCUUUCAAAUGACAUAUAUUUUGGAAGCAGUUCUCAAAUACUGGAAAAAGUAUAUAUAGCUUGAUGUGAAAAUAUGAUUUACACAAAACUGUACUUUUUAUUUUUUAUAAAAGUUAAACUCUUUCAUUUUCUGGCCAAAUAUAAUAACUAUAAUGAAGUAUAAAUAUAGUCCAAUCAAUCGCAGCAAAAAACACAAUGAUGAUUCUUUAACCAUUUAAAAAAAAUAAUAAAUAAAUCUGUGCCAAAUUCAAUUCCAGUCUUUUAGAUUUGUUAUAAGAUCGGACUGAAUUCAUGAUCCAGCGUUUUUUUUUUUUUCUUCUUUUUUUUUUCUUCUUCUUUUUUUCUGGAAUCGGCCCAAUACUAAUUCUCUGCAUCGGAUCGGUGCCAUCUCUAGUAAUAAUAUAACCUUACAGCCUUGUCGUGCCUUGUUUCUGUUUCUAUUAACUAUAAUAGUUUAGAGCUGGGGUUCUCAGACUUUUUGCAUCCAGAGAAUCCUUUACCCAUUUAAAAAGAAAGAAAAACUCUGCGCACACGUUUAAAUUUCCGAACAUGAUCCGACGGUAAUCUCAGAUAUUAGGCUCAUUAUUUGAAUGCGUCCAGUGAUAUUUUGGUUAUUUAUUGGAGCUGUAGACCUUGGAGUUUGGAUUGUAUAAUAUAAUAACUUGAAGAAUGAUGGGUUGUAAUUUUCACCACUGUGACCAAGGUAAAAUUCCAGAGAAAACCCUGCACCCUACUUUGAGGAUUAUGGGUUUAGGGCUUUUCUUCGGCACACAUGCAACUGUGGUGAUGCUACUUGAAGAAAUAUGAUGCAAGCUGUGUGUGUGUGUGUGUGUGUGUGUGUGUUGUGAGUACUGAGUACUAAGUACACAAAAAUGACUUUGCUCCUUUGUCUAUUCUUGACAUAAAUUAAUCUUUGCUGUUGCACAAAGGUUACACAAAUAUUAUAUAUAAUUAACUAAUAAACGGAUGUUUUUCUCACUUUUAAUAUGUAUAUAGGCUAAAUAAAGAAAGUCGGUGUUAUUUUGAUAAACUCAAUUAAGGUGCUAGAUUAGGGUUUAAAGUCACUGUGAGAAUAUGUGUGUGUGUGUGUGUGUGUGUAACCUGAUUGGACUAACACUGCAGGACUGAAUAGCUCUAAAACAAAUUGUUCAAUUGUUAAUCAGCUCUGAGUUUCUCGAGUCCGGUUAGUGGUGCUGUUUCAUCUUUUCCAGUUUGGUGCCUUAGUGAAGCAACGGGAACAUUCCUGUGCUAGAAAUUGCAUGCCAGUGCCGCUUUAUGGGCUGCAGAUGGUCCAGUGAUUUAGAGGGUUCUCUCUUUAAUGAGUGACCACUAUUCCUGAGAGCCAGAAUAAAAAAUGCAUCUUUUUUUUUGGUAGUUUUAUUUAUUUAUUUUUUGUUGACACUUUUUGUAGUAUUUCUACUUUCUAAUUUCAUACUUAUUCUUCUAUGUAUGUCGUUUGAUAUCAUGUGAUUUCACGUUUGACUUGUGGGAAAGGAUUUAAAAAGCUUUUGUUGUUCAUGAAGUCAGUGUGAUUCUGCAACCUGACUGAUAUGAAAUUGUUGUAAUAGAUAGAUGCAUAAGCACUAAAAAAAACAACAACCUGUAACUGAA